ACACAGAGUGAGGUCACACACUGUAAGACGUCCUGUUCGCGCUUUCUGCUGUCCAGUAAUACUUUAAUACAGAACACAUAUUCAAUUGUUAGAUGUGGACGACAUGACAGUUUAUGGAGUUUGAUGAUAGAUAGAUCUGAAUAGACAUACAUUGCUGCUGAAGUUACUUUGUUGACCUGCACAGGAUUACAGUUUAUUUUUGUGUACCGGGACUGUUGGACAGGUCAAUAUGAUGUCAGACGAGUAUUUGGUGGAAUGUAACAUUAAUGACGAUGACGAGGAGGAGGAGGAUGAUAAAGAGGAAGAUUAUGUUGUGAAGAAGAUCUACCAGUCUCCUCCUCCUCCUCCACAGUUUUCCUCCAGCACAUCAGUGGAUAUUAGGGAUCCGUGCGGUGUCAACAAACACUUGAAGGUAGAGUUCAGCGAUGUUUUGGCUGAGCCCGCGUCCACGCGCAGCUAUGACCGGGUAUGGGUUUACAGCGGCAUCGGCUUCGAGUCUGCGAGGCUCUGGAGUUACCGCUGCUUGAGCGCGAUCUGUGCGGUUCCGCUCUCCUGUCUCUGCGGCUGCCUGUUCGCCCUGCUGGCCUGCAUGCACAUCUGGUGUGUAAUGCCAUGUAUUCAGGUGUGUCAUUCCUGCCUGCCCUGUGUGAGGUCACUGUGGAUGAGUUUAGUAAACAUCUUCAUCGCUCCGCUCUGCACAUCUGCGGCCCGCUGUUGCAGUGGAGUUUAUGUGCUUUUCUCCAAAGAGUGAACAAACACGAGGAGUAUGAGGAAGCUUGUAAAACUGUCCAUCACUUAAAAACAAACAAAACAUCAGCCAUCCAACCAUGGAUGGAUUUUCUGCUCUUGUGAAGUUACAAAACAACUGCUUAAACCAUUCAAAGAAGGGAAUUACAUGUUAUUACAGCAUAUAGAUUUGUAUUUGAUAAUCUAUUACAUGUUCAAUGAUCUUUCGUACACAUUUUUGCAUGUGAGAAAUUUUGCAAAUUUUUUAAAAAGAGUUUUAAAAUAUGUCAGACAUGCAGAAAAUAAUAGCCUCUUCUUUCAAAUAUUCGGUUUGUUUUGUUUGGCUGUUUGAUAUGAGAAAUUUUCAGUUAUUAUAUAUGAAUCCAGAUUAUUAAAAAAAAACACACAUUAUUAUUAUAUCUACGAGUUACAAAAUUUGCAAUAAACACUGGGAGGGAUUAUACUGCAAAUAAUUUGGACCCAAGUUUGAUUAAAAGAUUUAAACAAAAAUGUUUGUACAGUUCUAUGAAAUGUGUCUUAUAUUUAUUAAUGAAAUAAAA